CGACGAGAUUCACCCGCUGACCGUAGACUAGUAUUGUAUGUUUUAGAUAGUGUCUGAUUUAUAGGGCAGUGUGUUAAUCGCUACCCUAGCUAGGGGACACGCCCACCUUUUUAUAGAGGGCUCUUUAAAAUUGGGUAGUGUUACAGUCGUUUUUAUCAUCUGUGCCUGUUGGCCUGUUGCUAGGUAACCGGUUCAACCAAAUCAAACAAUGACAAAUUCCAAUGGAAUUUAUUUAAAUACAACUUUGAUAAAUAAUCAAAGUGAUACAAAUAUAGUUCUUCUGUCUUAUUAAAAUAUUAAUUGUAUCUACCAAACUAACUUUACAGACUUUUUCAAGUCUCUACAUAAUCAUACAACUUUGUAAGUUCGUGCUACGGCCGUUGGAUGUAUGAGACAUUAGACACAGUAAUAGCAGUAAUGAAUCCUAUCAUCAAGAAAUGAAGUUUCUCUAACUAACCAAAUAUGUUAUUGAUCAAAAUCAAUUCUAUAAAGUUAACUUUAAAAUGGGUAUGCUAAGUCUACUGAACAAUUGUAUAAUAUGGAUUAAUUUUGUAUAAAGAUCUACACAAGUAGCGGGAAACAUGACUUCUCCAAAAUUAUUAUACACAAUAGAACAACCUCAUGGCCUUGGUGAGCUGUACUUUGUUUGGCAGAAGGGUGAGGCACGGUCUCUUCUUGCCACUACUGGAACGGAUGCAACUGUUGCAAUAUAUGAUAGAUCUGGACAACUCUUGGAAAGAAUGAAACUGCAGGGGCUCUGUGCAGGCAUGGAAUGGGAUAACGAUGGUGAUUACCUAGCAGUAAUUACUCCGAAUAGUAAUUCUGUUUUACUGUGGGAGUGUCAUGCUAACAAGAGGAUGAGUAUCGAGACAGGACUAAGGGAGCCUCCAUCAUGCCUAGCAUGGGCAUAUGGAGAACCACUUCUAGCCAUUGGGACACAAAAAGGCAACCUAGCAUUGUAUAACCAUCACACUUCGAAACGAAUACCUAUAAUUGGAAAACAUACAAAGAAAAUUACCUGUGCAGCCUGGAAUAAAGACAGCAUAUUAGUUCUCGCAUCUGAAGAUAAGAAUUUGUCUAUAAACAACUCGGACGGUGAUACUUUACGCAUUAUAUCAAUCCGGGACACCCCGAAUGACUUACAAUUUUCCGAAAUGAAAACCGAUGAGCGGGUAGCUGGAGAAAACACGAUAAGUCUAAUAGUGGGGAAACGUACAUUGUACUUAUACAACCUUUUGAAUCCAGAAAAUCCCAUCGAACUGGCUUUCCAACAGCGUUACGGUUCAAUAGUUACGUACAAGUGGUACGGAGACGGCUAUAUAUUGAUUGGAUUCAGUGCCGGUUUCAUCAUAGCUAUAUCAACGCAUAUUAAGGAGGUCGGCGAAGAGUUGUUUCAAGUUAAAAAUCACAAGGACAUUCUUACAGAUAUCGCAGUUUGCCACGGUCAGGCCGCGUCUUGCGGUGACGGACAAUUGAAGUUGAUAUCGGUAUGGAACAACGGCGAGGUAGUGGGUUGCGUAAGCCCCGGUGGGGGGGCGGAACGUGCCCGCUGGAGCGGCGACGGGCGUUUAUUGGCUGCGGCGGGUCGCGCAACGCUGAACGUGUACGUGGCGAGAUUGCCGCCGUUGUAUGCCGCUCAUGCUACGCGACUGCUCGCCCUCACUAGUUUGACCGAAGCUACCGUUUACCAAUGCAUCGCUCUCCACGACCCGGACUCCGCUAGAACCGAGCCGACCGCGCUGGCGACGUACGCGCUGCCGACGGAACCGACGCUGCUAGCGCUGGGCGCGGCGCACGUGUGCUGCGUCAGCGGCGCGCAUGCGUGGUUCUAUCCACUAGCGGGUGGUACGGCAACGCGCCGCCAGUACGCCGCGCCCGUUACCGCCGCGCGCGUCAGCGGCGAGUGUGCCGCCGCGCUGUUCCAGGGCCGCGCCAUGUUGCACUCGAUCGACUCCCCAGAUCCAUCACAACCUGAACGGGAAGCGAUUGUCUUUCCUGAGCCGCACAUGCAGGGCGCUAACAUUGUCGACAUUCAUCUCACCAGCGAUUUUUUCAUAUUCGUAACUGACCAAGGUCAUAUCGAGUACUUUGGCGUGGAGGAAUGGCGCACGUCAAUGCGGUACAAGCACAGCUGCGGUAUACGCGGCGUUUAUUGCGAUAUAGGUGGAGCUCGGGCUUGCAUAUCCGACGAGAGGAGACGGCUACAUGUUUAUUGCCCGGCUGCUGAUGAACUAUGUCCUGUGCCAGCGGGAGAUUCGCCUGGAGAACUUAGGGGUGUUAUUUGGGACAUAUGCCUGUCAGACCGCAACGUAUUCAUUGUACAUCGUGACGAAGCCAUCGAAACGUACUAUUACGCAGCUAACUCUAUCAACGGGUCGCACGUAGAUUACGUUGCAACCACAGUUGUACUCGCGAACCAAAUACCGCUCAUAUUGUUCUCUGGGGAUGCCUACUGCUACGCUACUGGAGGCAGUGUGACCAAGAUAUCAUUGGAGUCGCACAAUACCGCCGGACUGGCGGACGCGGACGGCGAGCGUCGGAUAGCGAACCAACGCAAGCACGUGGAAAAACUACUAUUGCUAAGGAGAUUCAGUGAGGCAUGGUUGUUCUGCGACGCUGUGGAUGAGCCUGCGCUCUGGAGGGCGAUGGGCGAAGCUGCUAUUGCCGAUCUCAAUGUGGAAUUUGCUAUACGUGUCUUCACUCGUCUGAGCGACGUUGCUAUGGUAUGGGCUUUAGAAGACGCCUCCCAAAUAGAAGAGCUUCCUAUACUGUGCGGCGUGCUGUGUGCGUGCCUGGGCAAGGGCGAGGCGGCGGGGCGGUGGCUGGAGGGCGGGGGCGGGGGCGCGGGGGCGGCGCCCUACGCGCUGGAGCUGCAUGCGGCGCUGGGGGACUGGGCGCGGGCUUGGGACAUCGCCUCGCGUUGUUGUCCUGCGCGCGCGCCUUACAUACUGCUGCACAGGGCGCACCACUUGGAACUCACUGCAGAUUACCAUGAAGCACUAGCGAAUUAUGAAAAAAGCUUGUUUUCGGACAACGCGGAAGAUGCGAAGGUUAAAGAACACAAUGUUAAGUGUGAAGCGGGGAUUGCCCGCAUGUCGAUUCGUUGCGGCGACGUCAUGCGAGGAGUCACAGUUGCCAUGAAACAUUCAAACGACAUUUCACUGCUCAAAGAUUGCGCUCAGCUCCUUGAAGAAGAGAAGCAGUACAGCCACGCGGCGGCACUUUACGACCACGCCGGCAAUACGGAGAAAGCAGCUGCCCUAUACAUUAAACUUAAAUCCUGGCUCAAAGUAGAAGCUUUACUGCCCAAAAUCAAUUCUCCCAGCAUACACAUACAAUACGCUAAAGCAAAGGAAGCGGAGGGCAGAUACACGGACGCCUUGAAGUCCUUCAUGAAAGCGCAAGACUUUGAAUCAGCCAUACGCUUGAAUUUGGAAAAGCUUGAUGACAUCGACGAAGCAGUGAAUUUGGUACAAGAAACUAAAUCGGUACAAGGUGCGAAGAUGGUAGCGAACUAUUUCCAGAACAUCGACGAUCCGACUUCGGCAAUCAAAUUCUUAGUUAUGUCCUUGUGUUACGAUGAAGCUUUUCAGUUGGCGCGUAAGAAUGGCAAACUGCAUUUGUACGGAGAGAUACUUAUACAGACUUCACAGGCGAGGCCUGAGGAUUUCAAGAGCCUAGCGCUACAUUUUGAGGGGGAGAAAAGUAAUUUGCUAGCGGGGAAGUUUUAUUUUCACGCUGGUGAAUAUAGUAAGGCGAUGUCGCAUUUACUGAAGACUGGAGGUUCUGAAGAAGAAGAAAAUGAGGCUAUCAGCGUGGCUAUAGAUGCAGCUGCGGCGAGCGAUGAUGACAGAUUGUCGAGAAGGUUGAUAGAGUUUUUGCUCGGAGAAACUGAUGGCACGCCUCGUGAACCUCGGCAUCUGUUCAGAUUGUACAUGGCUAAAAGACAGUUCACAGAGGCAGCGAAGACUGCGGUGAUUAUAAUCGGUGCGGAAUGUGCCCGCGGACGGUACCGUGAAGCUAGGGACGUGGCGCGCGGUAUGUGCUGUGCACUACGCGCGCGCCGCCUGCCCGUGCCCCGGGACAUGCGCCGCGCCUGCGCGCUGCUGCACUCCUACAUCCUGGUACGCACUCACGUGAAGCGUGGCCGGCAUGACCUCGCCGCUCGUCUCCUACUGCGUACAGCUGCCGACGUGUCCUUUUUUCCUACCCUACAACAUCAAGUGUCCAUUUUGACGUCGGCCGUGAUCGAGUGUAGUCGCGCCGGCCUCAAGCACCAGGCGCAUCAUUGGGCCAAGGUUUUGAUGCAGCCUGAGUAUAGAUCGCAGAUAGAUCCGAAGUACAGCAAGAAGAUAGAGUCCGUAGUGCGGCACUUGCCCCGCAGCGCGGCCCCGGCGGGCCCGACCGCCCCCUGCCCCGUGUGCGGGGACUUGCUGCCCGCUGCUGACCUGCGCUGCACCCACUGCGAGGCCGACCUGCCCUUCUGCCUCGCCUCGGGUCUACACAUUGUAAAGAACGACUUGACAGCCUGUCCAGAAUGUGAUUUUCCUGCCAUCACGGCAGAAUUGGUUGAAAUCCUCCAAGAAGAAGGGAAAUGCCCGAUGUGCGGUGAGAUAGUAGACUAUAGGAGGCUCGUUAAAUUAGAAGACGUCUCUCCGUAUUUAGACACUAUCACCAACGAAUAAGUCCUAAUUUUGCAUAUCAACCAAAUGUGAUGAAGCAACUGUAGUCCGUCCAAUUUGUCUUAGUAAUAAUUAAGUUUAUUGUUAUGAUAAGUGAGGUGAAUCUUAGAAUUAUGAAUAAAACGCACAAAAUACUGAUGAAACAUUUAAUUUUUCAUUUGAAAGUAUACCAAGUUGUAAACACGUUCGAUACUGAGAUUCAAAUGAAACGCAAAACACAAAGGUAUUAUUUAUAAUACAAAACUUCGGUGCGAUUCGCUACGAUGGGGCUGCACUUAACAUUCCACCUUAUUUCGCGAUUUUAUGCCGAUGCAUGCGAUGUGAUAAGGUCGAAAAUUGAUUGCAUCCGCAUCGCAGCUCACUUUCAAUCCCCACUGCUUUCUUUAUUCUAUUAUGAAUCAAAUAUUGCCCUAGUAUAAUUACUACUACCUAGCUAUGCCUUAAGUAGACAUUACAUUUAUACAACUUAAAAUAAUGACAAGACCAUAAUAACAAAAUAAUACAUCCCAUAAUAAUAAUAAAAAUAAUUUCAUUGUGCUAAUAAUACAAAGUGAAGGUACGAAUUCAACGCACAGAGUUUUUUUUGCCCCAAAAAUGUGACAUCCGCUUUUUAUCGAACACUUAGACUUAAUGACUUUUUGCAAAUGCAUGAGUAGAACACCCAGAUGUCAAUUCCGUAUAGUAUAGAUUUUGAAAAAAAAAAACUUUAAAUUACGUGACCUUCAAUGUGAAAUCACAUCAAAAUAAUUCCUACAAAAGAAACUAUACGUGAUUGAGUUUUAGUUUUAUU